AUGUCUUCAAAUAUGCUUACUGACUCUGUUUUCACAUGUUUACCUCCUAAAGUCAGGGUACUUGAUCUUCACAAUAACAGAAUAAGGAGCAUCCCUAAACCAAUCAUGAAACUAGAAGCUUUGCAAGAACUCAAUGUUGCUUCCAAUUCUUUAGCCCACCUUCCUGACUGUGGUGCUUUUCGCAGCCUUUCUGUACUGAUCAUUGACCAUAAUUCAGUUUCCAACCCAUCAGCUGAUUUCUUCCACAGCUGCCAGAAGAUUAGGUCCAUAAGAGCAGGAAACAAUCCAUUCCAAUGUACAUGUGAGCUAAGAGAAUUUAUCCAAAGUAUAGGCCAACUGUCAAGUGAAGUGGUAGAGGGUUGGCCUAAUUCUUAUACAUGUGACUAUCCAGAAAGCAAUAAGGGAACCGCAUUAAAGGACUUUCGCGUGUCUCAGUUAUCCUGCAACACAGCUCUGCUGCUUGUCACCAUUGGUGUCGCUCUGCUGGUGUCGACUGUUACUGUGACUGCCCUCUGUAUGUACUUCGAUCUGCCCUGGUAUCUCAGGAUGGUGUGUCAGUGGACCCAGACC